AUGGCAUCCACGGGGCGCGCAAUACAAUACACCAUCCCAGCAAGGGAAGACUUUAAUAAGCUCGCCGACGAACAAAAAACACGUAUCAACGAAGCAUUUGACCUCUUCGACUCCAACAAGGACGGGUUGCUCUCAUACGAGGAAUUCCGGUUCGUGCUGCGGGCGCUGGGGUUCGAGCUGCCCAAGGCGCAGACGUACGACCUGCUGAUCCGGCACGGGCAGAAGCCGGCGAGCUGGCCGCACGACCAGGAGUGCGCGCCCGUGUACCGCCAGUUCAACCUGCCGACGGCGCAGGCCAUCUCCGGGUCGCUCAUCCGCGCCCGCGACCCGCGCGAGGAGCUGCGCCGCGCCUUCCGCCUAUUCGACACCGACGGCAAGGGCAUGAUCACCCAGGACGACCUGCGCAAGGUCAGCAAGCAGGUCGGCAACAACAUCCCCGACGCUGAUAUCGUGGCUAUGGUGGAGGAGUUUGACGCGUCGGGGAAAGGGGGGGUGGAUGAAGGAUGA